GGGCUGGGCUUUACACGACCACAGACUGAGACAGGAAAUCAUUGUGAAUGUGUGUGUGUGUGUGUUUAAGGACUUGUUUCUUCUGGGUUCCUCCUUGUUCACUGCUCAGACGUGUUUGCUCCCAGCUCCGUCCCCCUAUUCUAGAAUGCUCCCGUUCAAACCAGCGCCAGGCCAGUUUGGGCCAGAGGUCCGAGACCCAGGUCUUUGGGUGUGGAGGGUGGAGAAGAUGAAGGCGGUGAAGCUGGAUCCCUCUGAGGUCGGAGCCUUUUUUAAUGGGGACUCCUACUUGGUGCUGGAGAAUCGGGGCGAGGAGGGAGCCGACCUCCAUAUGUGGAUCGGAGAGAAGUCCUCUCGGGAUGAGCAGGUCGCCUGUGCCAUGCUGGCCACCCAGCUGGACAACUUCCUCGGCGGUGACCCAGUCCAGCACAGGCAGGUUCAGGGCUACGAGUCCCCUGAGUUCAUGGGGCUCUUUCCCAGAGGGGUCAGCUACAAGGAAGGGGGCGUUGAGUCGGGUUUCAGGAGGACACAGGGCAGUGGGACGGUGCAGAGGCUCUACCAGAUCAAAGGGAAACGCAAUAUCCGUGCAAAGGAGGUGGAGCUAUCCUGGAGCAGCUUCAACAAGGGAGACUGCUUCAUCCUUGACCUCGGAGAGACGAUCUUGUCAUGGACCGGAUCGCAGGCCAACAUUUUCGAGAAGCAGAAAGUGCGUGAGAUUGCUUCCCUGAUCCGAGACACGGACCGACACGGAAAAGCCCGCGUGGUGGAUACCUGUGAGGGGGAAGAGCCAGAGGAAAUGCUGAAGGUGCUGGGGCCGAUGCCAGUUCUGGCAGAAAGCACGCCAGAGGAAGACAACAAAGCUGAUGCCUCCAACACUGCAUCCCUAUAUAAGGUAUCUGAUGCCACAGGCUCCAUGACCAUGACUAAGGUUUCAGAAAAAAGCCCUUUUUCCCAGGAGCUGCUGGUCAGGGACGACUGCUUCAUUCUGGAUAACGGAGCAAAUGGAAAAGUUUUUGUCUGGAAAGGUCAUGGAGCGAAUGCAGAGGAGAAGAGGGUGGCCCUGCAGAUGGCGGACAACUUCAUCGAACAAAUGAAGUACCCCAGAAUGAAAACACAGGUGGAGAUUCUCCCUCAGGGGAAGGAAACAAUCAUCUUUAAGCAAUUCUUCAAGAACUGGAACUGAGCGUCUCGCUGCAAACAGCACUGCACACAUGAAAUUAGCACCAAACUCAAAACAUGUUUAGUUUUUUUUUAUACAAGCUCCCUGUUGUAUGUAGAUAUUUAAAAGUUAUAGAGGAGGCAGCUGAAGGCUGCUGCUUCUUUUAAAUUUGGGUAGAAUCAGAAUGAUGCCACUUUUAUAUCUAAAAAGAUGAAACACAAUACUUGUGGUGACAGUGUGUGAAUAAAUUAAAAGAACAUUAAGGAAACUUUUUUUUAUAUUUGCUCAAAAUGAUCCCAGGUUUGUCUGUUGAAGAAGAAUAAAAAAGUUCUCUCUG